GUCGGGGGGGAGGCGGAAGUGAAAGCGGGGAGGUGGCUGGGCCCAUUAAAGCCGACCGAGGCAAGCGGGGGGUGGCAGUGAGUCUCGGGCGGGCGCCGCGGCACACGCACCAGUGUAAAAGAUGACUUCUAGGAAGAAAGUGUUACUGAAAGUCAUCAUCCUUGGAGACUCUGGGGUAGGGAAGACGUCGCUCAUGAACCAGUAUGUGAACAAGAAAUUCAGUAACCAGUACAAGGCCACGAUAGGCGCAGACUUCCUGACAAAAGAGGUCAUGGUGGAUGACAGGCUAGUGACAAUGCAGAUAUGGGAUACAGCAGGCCAAGAGCGAUUUCAGUCUCUGGGAGUUGCCUUCUACAGGGGAGCAGACUGCUGUGUGCUGGUGUUCGAUGUCACGGCCCCCAACACAUUCAAAACCCUAGACAGCUGGAGGGACGAAUUCCUCAUUCAGGCCAGUCCAAGGGAUCCUGAGAACUUUCCUUUUGUUGUGCUGGGAAACAAGAUUGACCUAGAAAACAGACAAGUCACCACAAAACGAGCACAAGCCUGGUGCUACAGUAAAAACAACAUCCCCUACUUUGAAACCAGUGCCAAGGAGGCCAUUAACGUGGAACAAGCUUUCCAGACGAUUGCACGAAAUGCACUUAAACAGGAAACCGAAGUGGAGCUUUACAAUGAAUUCCCUGAACCCAUCAAACUAGACAAGAACGACCGAGUGAAGGCUUCCGCGGAGAGCUGCAGCUGCUGAGGGGAUAGGGAGGGGUUGAGCACAGUCCUUCACAAAUGAGUAUCACACUUAGGCCUUCAAACACACAGCCCCUCUUCUGUGUUUAAAAAUGAAAUCUCCGACAAAAUCUCCAUCUCCAGCUGCCAAAACCCACCCAUCUCUCAUGAGCAUCUGUGAGUCCUGCACCUCAGAGCUCACAUCCCCACACCAUCCACAUCACACUUGGUGGUAACAGACCUUUCUCUUAGCUUAAAAUGGAAAAGUCUUAUGUAUGUUUGGAACUGAAUCUGAUUCUGGGUGUCCAAUGGAGAGCAACUGUUUACAGGUAAUCUGUGUAACAAGUUACAUACAUUUUUAACUGUCUGGUGGUUUAUCCCCUCC